UUUUUGACAACUUAGAAUUUGUGUUCUUCGUCUUUAGAAACACUUUACAUGUUAUGGAUGUUGCUGCAUUUGCUUACUGAAGAUCUUGCUAUGUUGUGUAUUCGUAGAUAAACGUUAGGUGCUGCUUGAAUCAGUUGAUUACUUUAAAAUUUGAUAGAUUAUUGUUUACUUUUGAGUUUGUUUAUCUGGGUUUUUGCUUAAACGUCCCUCUUUGACGAUCCGGACUUUGCUUUUGGAAGUAAUAACUCAUCUGGGUUUUGCUUUUAGAAGUGAUUGACAAUCUUGAAGGUGAUUGUGACCUGGGUUAUUCUCAAAACCAGGUUGGUCAUUUGGGUUUUGCUGUGGACGGGCUUUAUGAGCUGAGGGUGCACUGUGGGGCCUCUGGGGUCUGGUCGGUUAAGUUUGGUGAUUUGGAAAUUUCUUCAAUUUCAAGUUUUGAAACUCGGAGUUGGCGUAAGAUUGGAAAUUGGUCGCUUGGUUUGGCUUCUGCAUGAGAAUUAAGAAGAUUUUGUGAAAGUUUCAUGAAUGAUUCUGAUAUAUGAGAUAUAUUUAGCUAGACUGUCAUCAGCAGAUUCGAAUACUGAAUAGAUGGCAAGCACGGUGCCAUCUCCGGAUUCGUCACCCUCGGCUGUGCCACCAGCUUCUACCACAACGUCACCUUCCACCAGUUCUCCACCACCCUCCAGCACCAGCCCACCCCCACAAACCUCUUCUCCUCCUCCUCCAUCCCCUUCUACAGCUUCCCCAUUAUCGCAGCCCAGUGAUAAUCCACCCGACCCUGCUAGCCCUUCAACUUCAUCCCCUCCGCCUCAGGCCCCUCCUGUUGUUCCAACAGCUCCUCCAACAUCACCUCCAUCACCCCCUUCAGGGGCUUCAUCUCCAUUGCCAUCUACAACAUCACCUCCUCCAACCUCUCCUUCUGGGACUUCACCUCCAUUGGCACCUAAAACAUCACCAUCUCCUCCUUCUUCUCAAUCGGAUCCUCCUACAUCACCGUCACCUCCAUCAUCCAAUGUUCCUCCUCCACCCAUCUCUAAUUCUCCACCACCUCUACCAUCAAAUCCUCCAGAAAGUUCACCUCCACCCCCUGUAAAAUCUAGUCCCCCAGCAAGUGCACCUCCUACAUCACCACCUAAACCACCAGUGAGCUCACCUCCUCCUCCAUCAUCAACACCACCAGUGAAUUCAGCUCCCCCACCGUCAGAGCCCCCUCAAAAUUCACCACCAUCAUCUACGCCACCCAAGAAUUCGCCACCACCUAAAAAUUCACCCCCACCACCAGCAUCUGGUCCAUCCCAAAGUUCACCUCCACCGCCAGCAUCAACUCCUGAAAAUUCACCUUCUCCACCGGCGUCUGUACCCCCCAGCAAUGCACCUCCACCUCCUAGUCUUACUCCACCUGGUUCUCAACCAACUCCUUCACCUUCAAACUCCUCUGCAAAGUCAUCACCCCCACCAUCCAUCAUACGAGUGGCACCACCUCCUUCAUCACUUGUUUCUCCACCAUCCCUGUCUCCCCCAUCUCCUAAUCAAAAUCCAAUCCCACCGUCAAAUGUUCCAGCUACAAACAAUACUAAUCCUAAGACAACAUCCACUGGUAAUGGGAGUAUUGGUACUGCAGGCUUAGUGGCUAUUGCUGCAGUGACGGGAAUCAUAGUGCUUGGCCUCAUUGGAAUGGCUGUCUGGUGCAUAAGGAAGCGAAAAAAAAGAGGUUCUGGACUUGGUGGUUAUGUCAUGCCAUCCCCUCUGUACCCUUCUCCAAAAUCAGAUUCAUCCAUUACAAAGACACAUUCUUCAGCUCCGCUUAUGCAAAGUGGUUCUGGCAGCGAUUCUGUGUAUUCUCCAGCAGAAGCAGGUGGAUUAGGCAAUUCAAGGUCAUGGUUUACGUAUGAAGAACUAGUCAAGGCCACAAACGGGUUUUCAAAUCAGAAUCUUCUGGGUGAAGGUGGAUUUGGUUGUGUGUACAAGGGACACCUACCAGAUGGGAGAGAGGUAGCAGUAAAGCAGCUAAAAAUUGGUGGUGGUCAGGGCGAGCGAGAAUUUAAAGCUGAAGUUGAGAUUAUUAGUCGCAUACACCACCGCCAUUUGGUUUCAUUAGUGGGCUACUGCAUUUCUGAGAACCAAAGGCUGCUUAUCUACGACUACGUCCCUAACAAUACCCUUUAUUUCCAUCUUCAAGGUGAAGGUGUGCCAGUUCUGGACUGGGCAACACGUGUGAAGGUUGCUGCUGGUGCGGCUCGUGGAAUAGCUUAUCUCCAUGAAGACUGUCAUCCUCGAAUUAUUCAUAGGGAUAUCAAGUCAUCAAACAUUCUUUUAGAUAACAACUUUGAAGCUCGGGUUUCGGACUUUGGGCUUGCCAAACUAGCUCUUGAUGCAAAUACACAUAUAUCCACCCGUGUCAUCGGAACUUUUGGAUAUGUGGCCCCUGAAUACGCAUCAAGUGGCAAAUUGACUGAUAAAUCUGAUGUAUAUUCGUUUGGAGUUGUGCUUCUGGAGCUAAUAACUGGAAGGAAGCCUGUGGAUGCAUCCCAACCCUUGGGAGAUGAGAGUCUGGUUGAAUGGGCUCGACCUUUGCUAAGUCAUGCACUUGAUAAUGAGGAAUUUAAUGAUUUGGCCGAUCCAAGGCUCAAAAUGAAUUUUGUUGAGAGUGAAAUGUUGCGCAUGGUUGAGAUAGCCGCUGCUUGUGUGCGACAUUCAUCUGCCAAGAGGCCACGAAUGGGACAGGUUGUUAGAGCCUUUGAUAGUUUAGCUGCUGCUGAUCUAUCUAAUGGAAUGAGAGUGGGGGAAAGCGAGAUAUUUGACUCCGCACAACAAUCCGCAGAAACCAGAUUGUUUCGGAGGAUGGCAUUCGGUAGUCAAAAUCAUAGUACAGAUUUUUUUAGCCACGAUAGCUUGGAUAGUUAAGAAUGACAUGGUAAAUAUUGGAGAGAUGAUGAAAUUGAACUAGGAGGGUUUGUCAAACCGAGCUGGAGCUCUGUUCAAGCGGGUUUAAUUUCAGAGUUCGGCGUAGCUGAGAUGCACUUCUGUACCGGUUUAUCAGCUGUAGAGAGUGAAAUUUAAACCCUUGAUUCUUGUAACUAGGUUCCAUUUUAGCUCCACAUAUACUUUUGGUGCUUUUGUACUUCAAUUUUGCUCGUGUAAUUACAGAUGAAAAAGAAUUUGUUUCCACCAGUAUCCAUGGUGGUGUUAAUAAAGCCAUUUUUCAGUUUUGUUACUGUUAGAUUCU